GGCCAUUUGCGCGCUGGCGAACGUCGCAUGUGGCGAGUCCGCGUUCCCAUUCCCCGAAUUGACAAGCCCCGGCAUUCCUGCGAACUCAAGAUACCUCAGGAAAAAGAUGCCUUAUCACGGGAAUAAAUAAAGGGAUUGUAAAUCUGUUGCCAAAAAAAUGCCAAUUGCCAUAUUAACAAUGGGUAAUGAAAUAGUACGAAGGUGGUUGGCACGAUUAUUAAAGAUAAAAGGUGACCGUAAAUAAAUUUCAUUGCCAGAGAUUUACGCCAUGUUGCGGCGUUCAAGAAGGAAAAACCUCAAAGAAAUGGAAAAUCUUUCAUCGCCAGGAAUUGAUGCGAUGGAAAGUCACGACGAGGAGGAUUCCAGAAUGGCGGAGCUCGUUCUCUCGAACAAAGGUGGACCAAAGCUUAUCCAUAAUGGUUUCAUGUACACGUUGCAUAAGAAGCAACCCCAUAACAUCAGGUGGAGGUGCGUGGGUAGAGCGUCGCUCUGCCGAGGGAGUUUAAUAACAACGGCGGACUGUAAAAAACCAAAAGUCCGGAUGGACCACAAUCACAAACCGGACUUUGGUGCCGUCUCUAUGGCAAGGAAGCGAUACAUAGCCCUUGGCCGGCCUCGUAUACUGCCAGAAGACGUGCUAAACUUUACCUGCACACCCACGUUCGCGGAUAAAAAUAAGAACAUUAUACCACCCCCCAACUUACAGCCCGAGUCCAAAAUUUGGGAAAAUCCCCCGGCAAAACCGAUUCCACAGACAAUACUGCCGACCGCGGCGCAGGCGACCUCGAGCGGCAAGACGAUAAGGAUAGCCACGCAGUCCCUGGUGAGACCUCAGAUGCGAAAUAUCGCCCCGGCGCCCGUCUCCCAGCAACAGCAACAACAACUUCAGCCAAAGACUCUCGUAUUGAAGACGAUACCUCUCAAAGUGAAACAAGUUGCGCCAACGACCAUUAAAAUGCCGCCGCGACAGACCCCCCAGGGGUUGCCGCAAACGGUCUUGCCCCAACAGCCCACGGAGGUGUGUCUCAGGUGGAACAGUUACCACAGCAACAUGCAGAACAGCUUCCCCUCGUUGCUGGACUCGGAACAGUUCGUCGACGUGACGUUAGCCUGCGAGGGACGCUCGCUAAAGUGCCACAAGAUGAUCCUCUCCUCCUGCAGCGAUUAUCUCGCGGAGCUCCUCAGGGAAAACCCCUGUCAGCAUCCGAUCAUUUUAAUGAAAGACUUGAAAUUCUGGGAAGUCGAGGCGUUAGUCAAAUUCAUGUACCGGGGAGAAGUCAACGUGGCGCACGAUAAGUUGCCCCAGCUUCUGAACGCCGCCGAGGCGUUACAAGUCAAAGGACUGGCCGGGCCUAGCCCUUCUUCCCAGAACCCAAAGCCACCGAUGCUCAUUCCUCAGGCGAAGCCGCAAACGUCCCAGCCAGUGGUCCCCCGAGUCUUGACCGAAACCAAAGAAGUAAGACCCUCGGCAUCCGCUGCCCCGGUGCCUUCUAGUCCUAAGCGAGCCCAGAAACGGCAUCCGACCGAGCCCGCGGAAUCGAGGCCCUUCACGAAGAUCCGACUGCAGCGACCUCGCACGCCGACGUCCCCCAGCCCGGUGGUCAAGCUGGAGCCUCUGGACAUCCCCCUGAGCCCCACGGAGAUCUUCCCCGAGAACAACGAGGACAGCUCUAACCCUUCCAACUUCGACAACCUGAUGAGCCUGCACGAAGACGACGACCCGGGGGGCGACGAGACUACCAACGCGGAUGGGGAUAUAAACUUCUGCGAGAUGCCCGGACCUCCCGAUCUCCAGGACGGCGAGGACCAGAUGGAAUUCGUGCCCACCGAUUUCUUGGAACAGGGACAGGACAUUUUGGAAGAGGUCGAGGCUGAGCAGAGCAAAGGCGACAAGGACGACUCCGUCAAGGAGGUCUCCGACCAGGUCGUCGACGAGCUCGACGAAAAGGACGACGAAAGGGACGACGAGAAGCUCGAGGUCGUGCAAAACGACGACAAGAAGGACGAGCAGUCCUCCAAAGAGGACGGCGAACCCUUGUAAUAGGAAGAGUAUGGUCUUCUAUCGUAAGACCCCAGUCAUUGUUCGGUAAGGAAUCGACGAGUCGGUCGUAAGUUUUAUAUUUCCUUAUUUUUUUUUUCCUUUCCUUUCUCUUGCUAAGUCAAAGCAACAUCGGUUGUGCCUGCACUGGGCGGAAGUCCUACCUCUGACUUGGUCCUGGAGGGUGAUCACUCGGGUCGUGGUAAUUUAUUUUGAAAAAUUCAUCCGCGGAUCCUUCAAUUUUAUCUUAUCCUGAUUUAUCGAGGAAGGGUGUAAUCGGAAAUAAAUUAGAAUAAAAACGUGAGCGACGCGUACCGAAAUUAGUUGGCCAAGUUAGAGGUGCCCUGAGGAAGAAAGAUCCAUUGAACCAAAGAAAUAAUUAUAUUAAUUCAAGGAAUAAUUAUUUGACUGGAAUAAACUCAAGAAA